AACCCUUUAAAAGCCUCCAUUGGACAUGGUCUAAAUAACACGUAUCGCCUAGAUAAAGCUAAAUCGAUCGGAAUGCAUCCCGAGCUGAUCGAUUUUACCGAAAUUUCAAACAACCUUGACGAGGAGGAGAAUAUGACGUUUCCAAUGGGUGGUGAUAUGGAGGACUACGAUAAGCCUCGAGUGGAGGCAUCAGAUUGUUUCGAUUUUGAUGGUAUUAUCAAUAGCUCUGCACUGGUAGCCCACCACUGUGAAGGCGACGAGUGUCGUAAGCACACUUAUCUUGCCUUGGUCAAGCUUUAUGCGAGGGCGGGGCUUCAUCUUUACAAUAUGUUGAAUGAGACAAACUUGAAGCUCGAUCACCUAAAGAGAUUUAACAAGCAAAUGCGUUUUCUUUCCUCAUACUACAUAACUUUGCUUGCAUUCGAUCCAACCAGCCGUUUGCAGGAAACCUUUCAGGUUAAAGUUGAUGACGAUUGUUUUAACAGUUUGGAUUUCAUAUGCCCUAUUGCUAGACCUAAACCCCUAGUGAUCACCAAGGAGCCCUUCAUCCCUCCUCGGGAUUACACAGUUGUGCUACCUUUCUACAAAGGUAGCUUGCCUGAGUGGCCACCAGAGGAUGCUUUCAAUGACAGAAAACGAGUUUAUGUGGUGAAUGAAUCAGAGUUGCAAAACACUGAUUGGAUUUAUCUGUAUUUGGAACUUGUCAUUUGUUCACGCCAUAGGCAGAUUUCAGAUGGCGAUCUGUCCAAGCUGAAGAUUGUGAAUGUGGCGAUAGAAACUAUUGAAGAAGUGGAGCCGCCGAAUGAGAGACUUAACGCCAAACGUGCAAUUGUCUACAUAACUUUUAAGGGCUUGGCCAUUGGUAGGACUAGUGAACAUAUUGAACGCAAAGCUAUAGUUAGAAGAGUCAUCAAUGAGCGUGAAGGAUACUUGUCUCUCAAAGGUGACAUUUGGAGUUGAAUUCGAAGCUGCCUUCCAGGACUCAAAGCUUUGAAUAAUGAGCAUCGUUCUCAAAAUCCAUCUGCAAUGCUUUCGCUUAGGCGUUGUUGAUAAGAUCCAGUGAAAAUGUGGACCUAAUAAUAAACGACUAAUGGACUAAAAAUUAUUUUGUCUUUUUACUGUUUAAGUAGAUUUGUGUCUAGGUUUAUGUGUGUGAUGUCUUCGGAUACAUUAAUUAA